AUGCCCGACGUGCCAAAGUAUGAUGGAACUUCAGAUCCUCAGGAGCAUAUUACCACCUAUACAACAACGGUUAAGGGGAAUGAUUUAGCUCUCCACGAGAUUGAAUCUAUUUUGCUGAAGAAAUUUGGAGAGACUCUCACAAGGGGAUCUUUGACGUGGUAUUUGCUGUUACCCGAGCAUUCCAUAAAUUCCUUUGAGAUGCUCACAGACUCUUUUAUUAAGGCUCAUGCCGGUGCCAGAAAGGUGCAGGCUCGAAAGCCUAACAUAUUCAGAAUUGCACAAGGAGAGUUUGAAUUGCUGCGAGAAUUCGUCACUCAGUUCCAGAAGGAGAGGAUGUUGCUCCCGGUUGUUCCGGAUGAAUGGGCAGAUGAAGCAUUCACCAAGGGUCUGAAUCCUAGAAGUUUAGACGCUUCCCAGAAAUUGAAGGAAAGCUUGCUCGAGUUCCAAGAUAAAGAAACAUCAGAUACACGGGAUCCUUCCUACCCCAGGCUAUCAGAAUACAACUUCAACUUCAGUGUAGUAGAGUUGGUAUCAGCUAUAAGGAUCAUUAAAGAAGCACGAUUCUCGAAGCCGAGGAGGUUCAAGCCCAGCCAGAGGGAUCCCAAUUUGUGGUGCAAGUAUUAUGGAACGGAUGGCCACCGGACUGGGGACUGCCAACAUCUGCGUGAAGAAGUGGCGACACUAUUGAAGAACGGACAUCUCAGAGAAUUCUUAAGUGACCGGGCCAAGAAUAAUUACGGUCGCAACUGUGAUAACGCAAAACCAUCAAAAGGAGGGGAUUAUCCCCCAUGCCAGACGAUCAACAUGAUCUUCGGGGAGGGGGGGGGGGGAACGAGAUCAAUAGAGUCACCUUCUCGCAGCAAAAAAGAUGAAGAUAUCAAUAACCCAUAG